ACAUAAAUGGUUAAGUUUAAGAGCAAAAAUGAACUGUAAUACAUAUAAAAAUACUAGUUACAUUAGAAGGAAGAAUAACCACAGAAAUCCAUAUGCAAAGAUGAUGAUUCUAAAUUUCAGUGCUUGAAUUUUCAUAUUUUCCAGUGUACACAAUUUCUUUCACACUAAUUUAUUGCUCAAAUACUCCAUUUAAGGUAUCUGUAAUUUAAAUAGACACAAAGCACAAUAGAAAUUUAUCUAAAUAUUUCUAAAACUUAGUCAAAUAAUUUUCAGUUUGUUGCAUGUUAUCUGUCACAUUAGAAGUAUGGUAAGUGUGAUGUUGACUAAUAGUUAUUAAUCAAUGAUCUUUUGCAUUGAUACUAAUUUGUAUUAAUUGAGUAUUAUAAGUUUGAUAGAAUAUAAAUAGCAAGUAUUGUUUUAUUUAUUUUACAAUACAAUUGUUAAAUACGUUAACAAAAUUUAAAUUUGUAGAGACGAUGACGAUAUCAAUGAUGUUGCGGCGAUGGGUGGCGUCAAUCUAGUGGAGGAGAGUCAGCGUAUCCUAGCAUCAAAUGCAGAAAUUGUAGGAACACAAAUUCGGUCUUGUAAAGAUGAAAACUUUGUUUUUACUGGUGCUCUUCAGAGAAGGAUUAACAUGAUAGCGGCGAAAUACGGUUUAGGCGACACUCCUUCGGAUGUUUUAAGUUUAAUCUCACACGCCACUCAAGAAAGGUUGAAAACGUUAGUAGAGAAAUUAGGUAUAAUUGCUGAACAUCGAGUAGAAAAUAUCAAGAAUGAUCCUCGGUAUGAAGUAACCCAAGAUGUCAAAGCCCAGUUAAAGUUCCUGGAAGAACUGGAUAGGAUAGAGAAAAAGAAACAUGAAGAACAAGAGAGAGAGAUGCUGUUGAGAGCAGCAAAGAGUCGGUCUAAGUUAGAAGAUCCAGAGCAGCUGAAACUAAAGCAAAAAGCCAAAGAGAUGCAAAGAGCAGAGAUGGAAGAGAUGCGUCAGAGAGAAGCAAACAUGACAGCACUCCUCGCCAUCGGUCCCAGAAAGAAAUUAAAGCCCGAUCCAUUAGGAAUAGGUCUCAACCAACAGCUAGGCCAAAGUAGUCCAUCUGGUAUCAACAAUACAAUUGUCAAACCUCAGGUUUGGAACUCCAGUUGUUACGAGAAUUACGCUUGGACGUAUGGGAAAAUUUAUACAGAUAAAGGUGAUAUCGCAUGGGGAGUGAUCGCUAUCAGAUCAUCUUGCAAUUGUGCCAUUUGGAAAAAUUGA